UAUCCAACAUCAGCCAGUUAAGAUAUACUUUAAACUUUAAAAAUUAUUUGUGAAUACAACUUCUUCUAUACUACAAGGCAAGCUUUUCUCUUCCCAGAAGCACAUUUAGCCAUCAUUCCAUCCUGUGUUUGUUUGCAAUAGCUGGUGGGAGUGGUGUGGAGGUAGGGCUUUUACUGGAUUCCUUCCUCUGCCCACAGCUCUGCUCCCCCAAACCCCUAGCAGACUCCAACCAUAUCAACCAUGAAGGGACACUACACUAUCUGGGCACUGCUCUUGGUUCUGUGUGGACUGCUGCCGUUAUACACACAGGGUGGACAACAGAUGCCAAAACUUUCAGACAAGAAGCUGUGUGCUGAUGCAGAAUGCAGCCAUCCCAUCCUUAUUGCCAAAGCCAUCCAGGAUUAUUAUCCCCAGGACUGUCGCUUCAUUCCCAUCCACCAAGGCCAACUCGUCUAUGUCUAUUCCAUGCUGAAAGACCGGGGCAACCUCUUUUGGUCUGGCAGUGUCCAGGGAUCAUACUAUGGAGACCAGGAGGCUCGGCUUGGCCAUUUCCCCAGCAGCGUAGUUGAAGAGACCCACGCUUUAAUGCCAGCUGAAGUUGAGGUCAAAACAAACAAAUGGGACUUCUACUGCCGCUGAGAUGCUGACAUCCUCCAAUGAGAGAACAUUAUUUUCUUGCACUUUACAAGUUCUGCUAGCAUGGCAUGCAUUGUUUUUCUAACACACUGGCUUAUGGACCGGCUUCCUUAAAAACUCAUUACUCUAGAACAAUUAAGAAAAAAAAUCAUGUUUUAAUUAAGCUUAAUUAAAAAAAAAGUAGCUACAACUUUUUAUAUUGUUUAAUAUCAAAUAAACGCCAGCUGCUACUAACGACUUCCGGGUUGUUACUUGUGUCACGUGACGAUAAACAACAACA